AGACACACGGCUCCCUCUCUUUGUUGGACAAGUAGCAUCAUCAGAGUGUGAGGAUGGGCAUCUAUGAAGAAAGAGGGUAGGUUAUUACCUAUUAUUAUUAUUAUUAUUAUUAUUAUUAUUAUUAGCCUCUUGGGCUUGCUGAUUGUAAGGUCAGAAGUUCAAAUCUGCUCAACGGUGGUGAGCUCCCGUUGCUCUGUCCCAGCUCUGCCAACCUAGCAGUUCAAAAGCAUACCAGUGUGAGUAGAUAAAUAGGUACUGCUGUGGCGGGAAGGUAAAUGGUGUUUCCAUUCACUCUAGCACUUGUCACAGUCCUCCAUGAGCCAGAAGGCUGGCUCCCUCGGCCUGAAAGGAGAGAUGAGUGCCAUACCCCACAGUCGAAUUCAACUGGACUUAACUGUCCAGGGGUCCUUUACCUUUUAUCUAUUAUUAUUAUUAUUAUUAUUAUUAUUAUUAUUAUUUAUUAUAAAUUGGGUGUGUUUCCCUUCCUGUUGGAGAGGAGAGGAGACACUAGCAUGGAAUGUGUGUUAAAAAUUCAAAGAACUGGAUAUGUGAUUCCCUCAGAGCUGUGGGCCAUUUUUAUUCUUUAUUCCCAUUUAUACCCCACUUUUCUUCCAAGGAGCUCAAGAUGGUGUACACAGUUCUUCACCUCCUCAUUUUAUCCUCAGAACCCUGUGACCUAUAGACUGAGAGGUGGUGACUUGGCCAAAGGUCACCUGGUGGGUGGGGAUUUGAACCCUGGUCUCCCAGGUCUUAGACCAGCUCUCUAACUGCUACACUGCACCGGCUCUUCUAGUGGAGAUGGAAGUAGCAUGAUGAUCAUAGUGUAUAGGGACUGAGGGAAGAAGCUGAGACAGAUGUGUGCAAUAACUGUAGGCUGCUGGAUCUGAAAGAUGAGUGGAGAAGCAGCAUUGUGGGAGUCUGAGCUGGACAUGGAUACGUAGUGAAAUUGGGCCUGGAUCUGGACCUAAGGGAACCUCAAGUUAUGUCAAUAUAUUUUGUGUGAGGAUUCAAGUGCAUACCAGGAAAUUGAGGUUUGCACAACUGAAGUGCAUUAAAGCACUUUGUAACCAUAGCACAACAAAUCCACUUAAAAGACAACAAUGGACCUUUUGUGCAUCAAAAAGUGCAGAAUGAAUGUGUGACUAAUGGGAAGAUACAUAAACAACAUGGAAGCAAAUCAGAAUGAAUGCUCAUCAACCCAUGACCUCCUCACAAACAAAUCAGAACAAAUGCUCAAUAAAGCCCAGAUGCGAUCUAACCUUUGCUUUUUUUUUUUUAAUUUUUGCAUGCAAAUCAUGGUGAAUGUUCAAUAAAUAUGCCAUCUGGAGGAGUCCUUAACUUUUAAUAGUUCAUUCAUUAAAUUUGUAUGCUGCCUCCCUAAACCUGUGAGGGGUAAGCUGAGAGAGCAAUGCACAAGCUCUAAGGCAGGUGUGGCAAAUCUUUGGCUCUCUUGAUAUUGCCACACUACAACUCCCAUUAGCCCUAGCAAUCAUGGCCAAUGGGCAGGGAUUGUGGGAAUUGCCAUUCAGUAACAUCUGGAAGGCCCAGGUUCUCCACACCUGCCCUCAACUUUAUGGCCACCGCUCUGCAUGCUGAAUAAAAAAGGUAGAAGCGCAUUAGUGUGCCCAUGCUCUCAUCUCUGCAACAUAGGUCAGGUCAUGCUAUAUGUCAGUCUCCCCAGUAAUUGUCUCCUCUGAUUGGCAGUAGUUCUUGGGGAGUGCAGGACACCCUUUUCAAGCCUGAGGGCCCAAUUUCCUUGUGGACAACCUUCCUAGAGCCUUAAACUGGUGGUGAGCAGGGCCAGAUGCGGAAGUGGGCGGAGACAGCACAACCUAAUCCACCUCUGCAAAACCAGUCAGGAUGGAUGCUCCACAGGAGUGCCAACCUGAACAAAAUAUUGGGGGGAAGGCAGGUAAGCCCCAUCUUGCAUAAUGAUCACAAGAUGUGGUGCACACACACCAUUUGAAUGUCCAUUAUCUCUGGUGGUGGGAUGGUCACCUGAAAUGACCUUGGCCCCUAGGCUCCUAUAAGGCUCAAUAAGCAUAUUGUCCAGAUGUGCCCUGAAUCAAGGACAUGGUCUAGCUAAAGGUAAAGGGACCCCUGACCAUUAGGUCCAGUCGUGGCCAACUCUGGGGUUGUGGUGCUCAUCUCGCUUUAUUGGCUGAGGGAGCCGGUGUACAGCUUCCGGGUCAUGUGGCCAGCAUGACUUAAGCCGCUUCUGGCGAACCAGAGCAGCGCAUGGAAAUGCCGUUUACCUUCCCGCCGGAGCAGUAUCUAUUUAUCUACUUGCACUUUGACGUGCUUUCGAACUGCUAGGUUGGCAGGAGCAGGGACCAAGCAAUGGGAGCUCACCCCGUCGCGGGGAUUCGAACCGCCGACCUUCUUAUCGGCAAGUCCUAGGCUCUGUGGUUUAACCCACAGCGCCACCCACAUGGUCUAGCUAGAUGCUUCUAAAAUACCCCUGCUUCCUAUUUGGAGUCAGGAUAGAUCAAGCCAUUAACUUUUUAAAUUUAAAGCCUUCUCGCAAUGACUCGAGCUCUUAUAUGGCAUUCCCUUUGCGAGGGCUGAUGCUCUCAAAGUCAACAUCUCAAAACUUCUCUGGGAUAGAAUGGCAGCUUGCAUGUUUGCUUUUGGAAGCUGAGAUGUUCCUGAGGGUAGAAUAAUAACAGGGAGGUCUUGGUUUGUUCCAGGGAACGGGUUGAACCGAAGAGGAAGCCCUUUAGCUGGAGAACCAAAUGUGCAGUGUCCAACCGAGGACGUCCCUUGGAACUUGUUUAUGCUAGUAAGUAUAACACGGCGUCCUUUCUAGCAUCCCAUUGGAAACAUCCAUCAUUUUUUCUCUGGCAUUGGAUCCAGUAGGGGCAGGGGUAGAAAUGAAACUCAGGUAAGUCAUCUGGCUCCUUUCAGGAACUGAGGCAGAACACUAGUAUCAUUCCCAAGCCUGGCAGCUAGGAGCUGACUUAUGCAGUGCCAGACCAUUGGUCCAUCUAGGUCAAUGUGCCAACACUGGUAUCAGCUGUCCAGGAUUUCAGACAGCAUUGUUCUCUCAGCCCUGGAGAUGCUGAGGAUUGAACCUGGAACCUUCUGUGUACAAACAAAUGUUCUGCCGCUGAACUCCGCCCCUUCUGUGUUCCAUGCUCUUUAGUAGAGGUAAGGAAUGUCUAUUUUGGGGAGCAAAUCCUGUUCACUCUCUGCCACAUCCCUUCCCACCUCCCUCUCUCCCUCCCUAUCUGCCUGCCACCCUCUUCCCCACCAUUACUUAUUCAUCAUUAGUGUCAUCAAAUUGGAAUGAAGAAGCUCAAUCUCACCAAUCUGGUGCCAGAGGCUGACCACUCCUACUUUUUAUAUUUUAUUAAGAAAUUUUUGUGAGGCAGGGGUGGGGCAUGUUGUUUUGUAACGAGAACAGUUCUUGUCUUACAGAAGAUAUAUGUAGCUUUAUAAAAAUAGUAUAGUAGACAGACAGCAAGCUUUAAAACCCACUUGUAAAUUGCCUAUACUCGUACUUACUGGAAGAGAUGUUUUCAUCACAUUGAAGUUUUCUUAAGAUCUUGUGACCCAUGCCUGCUAACUCUGUAAAGUGAAGAAGAGGUUGUGUUCCUCUGGAAACAGGUGGCGAUGGGUGGAAAAUAACAGAGAAGGCUUGACUCAUCCAUGCCCAUCUGCAGAUGCCAGUUAAAAGUCAGAGCUUGCAGUUGCGAAAUGCCAGGAUCUGGUCCUGCCUUAAAUCCAUGUAUUGGACUCGAAUGUAGGAACCUUCAUUAUAUUUAUUUUGUUUCAUUUAUUUGUUUAUUGCAUUUAUAUCCCACCUCUCCCACACAAGGAGCUGAAGGUGGCAAACAUGGUUCUUCCCCUCUUCAUUUAAUUCCCACAACUUCCUCAUGGUGGAUUCACCUUUAAUUGUGAACUGAAACAGAUUUCUCUCCCACCCCUAGUGAGGACCCUGCUCUGGGAGCUGUUGGUGAAGGGUGGGAAAUAAACUUUUAUAUUUAUUAUCAUUAUUAUUAAGUUUGCCACCUUCAGCUCCUUGUGUGGGAGAGGUGGGAUAUAAAUGCAAUAAACAAAUAAAUGAAACAAAAUAAAUAUAAUGACGGUUCCUACAUUCGAGUCCAAUACAUGGAUUUAAGGCAGGACCAGAUCCUGGCAUUUCGCAACUGCAACCUCUGACUUUUAACUGGCAUCUGCAGAUGGGCAUGGAUGAGUCAAGCCUUCUCUGUUAUUUUAUAACAGAGCAAUACUUAUAGUCUUCUGGGCCUGUUAUACAUAACACCACUCCCUUUGUAGCUGAUAAGAUUCACAUAAUGGGCAUUUUGUCAGAAAGUCUAUUUAGGGGAGCUCUCAAAGGAUUGUUUUUAACACUGAUUCCUUUCCUGUCAAUAAAGCUCUAGAGUGACCCACAAUUUUGUGUAUAGGGUGGUAGAGGAUCAUGACCCUCCUCAUUAAAAUUGUGAAGAGCUGAUUAAUGGAUCCCUCCCCAACCCAGUUAAAAAUCCACCCCCAACAUCAGCUCUGUUAAUGACUUCAGCACAGAGACCCCUUGGUUACCGGGGAAAGAUUAUGCUUUGCAGGCUGACAGGCUGUCAGUCAACGAGGGAGAAAAGUUCACACCGGUCUCUGGAAAUAGAGUCAUUUAAUGAGGAAAUCUAUUGCUGCUUUACAGUUGGCAGAGUGCUUUCAGCCAUGCAUCUGUUUCCUCCAAAAGCUCUUUAGUGGUAAGUUUUUAAAUAAUUGCUUGACAGAAAUAGGAGGGGGAAUAAACCAAGCACAAAUUUAUAUCUAGUUCUGGAGUCAGGCUUCCAGUAUACCUGAAAGACCACCUCCCCUACACAGAACUGUAACAUCACUUAUAUAGAAUCAUAGAAUCAUAGAAUCAUAGAAUUGGAAGAGACCACAAGGGCCAUCGAGUCCAACCCCCUGCCAAGCAGGAAACACCAUCAGAGCACUCCUGACAUAUGGUUGUCAAGCCUCUGCUUAAAGACCUCCAAAGAAGGAGACUCCACCACACUCCUUGGCAGCAAAUUCCACUGUCGAACAGCUCUUACUGUCAGGAAGUUCUUCCUAAUGUUUAGGUGGAAUCUUUUUUCUUGUAGUUUGGAUCCAUUGCUCCGUGUCCGCUUCUCUGGAGCAGCAGAAAACAGCCUUUCUCCCUCCUCUAUGUGACAUCCUUUUAUAUAUUUGAACAUGGCUAUCAUAUCACCCCUUAACCUCCUCUUCUCCAGGCUAAACAUGCCCAUCAGAGGAAAUUUUCCUCCUGACACCACACCUUACAGAAUGGCUUUAAAUUGCUCCUUUAAAAGGACAAAUUCACAGAGGGUAAGCCUAUUGAUUGCUGGUUCCCCAGAAGACUCAGCUGGACACAACCCAGCUUUGCUCCUCACCCCCUCUGCUUGAGGCUGAUGGAAAUGGCACUGAUAAGACAAAUGCCAUCCCUUCCUUCUGACCUUUGACUACUCACACUUAAGAUUUCAGUUCUUUGAUCUAAUCUCCUUCCACCCUUCUUCUCUCAUCUUAUAGUUGGGGGGUUGAGCCCUAAGGGCAAUGUCAGUGGUGUGGAGUGUUACAACCCCCUGGAACAUGAGUGGAAGGUUCUGGGCUCCGUCUCAAGGCAUCGGACUGGAGUUGGAGUGGCUCCCCUCAAUGGCUCCAUCUACGCAGUGGGAGGCCAUGAUGGCAUGGUGUGCCUCAGCAGUGUUGAGAGGUAAUUCUGCCGUGUGACUGGGUUGUUUUAGACUUUUGUGGGGCUGGUGAUGGUGGGGCAAACUGGAAAUGCGAUGGGAAGGAGCUAACUGAAGAGGAAACUUCUGUUGACUAGGAUUUGCAGUUUCUGUGGUGGCUCUGCAUGUGGUUAUCCCUUUCAUUUGUGUAGAAGUAAGAAGGGCAAGAAAGGGACGUGGGUGGUGCUGUGGGUUAAACCACAGAGCCUAGGACUUGCUGAUCAGAAGGUCGGUGGUUCAAAUCCCCAUGAAGGGGUGAGCUCCCAUUGCUCGGUCCCUGCUCCUGCCAACCUAGCAGUUCAAAAGCACGUCAAAGUGCAAGUAGAUAAAUAGGUACCGCUCCGGCGGGAAGGUAAACGGUGUUUCCGUGCGCUGCUCUGGUUCGCCAGAAGCGGCUUAGUCAUGCUGGCCACAUGACCCGGAAGCUGUACGCCGGCUCCCUCGGCCAAUAAAGCGAGAUGAGCGCCGCAACCCCAGAGUCGGUCACGACUGGACCUAAUGGCCAUGGGUCCCAUUACCUUUACCUUUUAAGAAGGGCAAGAUGGCUUUGGGGCCUGCUUGGCAUUUUUCUUUUAUGUCCAUUCCCCCCAAACUACUAUACUGUCCUAUACAGCAUAGAGCACUGCUGGAUCAGGCCAAAGUCCCACUUAGUUCAUCAUGCUGUUCUAAUAGUGACUGACCACUAGAUGCAUGAAUUGGGGAGCAGGGACAUCUUGCUGCCUGGGGCAAAACAGAAAAUCCCCCCACCUUCUCCUCUUUUGCAGCCCCCUAUCUCCUUUCCUGCAGCACUCCCUCACCUCCUCCUCGGCAGCAGCCCCCCUUCUCUGCCCCCCACAUGCCAAAAGUGGUGAUGAUGGUAUAAAGGGCCAGAGAGAAGCAGGUGAUGAAUGUAAGUGGGCGACCACACAGGUGGCAGUCAUGGCAAGUGGUAUGCUUCUCAGAGGCCAGAUCUGCCACCUCAGGUGAUUGCCUUGCCUUGCCUGAUGGGAAGUCUGCAAAGUAGGAUCUGAGGGCAAUAGCACUCUCUUUCCUUGUGAUUUCUGGCAACUGGAGUUCAGGAACAUGCUGCUUCCAAUAGAUGAGGAAGAGCAUAUCUCUCAGGGUUAGUUAGUGGCUAUUGAUUUCAUUAUCCUCCAUUAAUUUAUCUAAUCCUGUUUUAAAACCCAACCAGGUAAGUGGCCACCACAGCCUCUCGUUGGAGUAAAUUCUACCCUCCAUGCAGGUAAGAAAGAAGCAUCAUUCGAGUUCAAGGACACAUUCCAGCCAGGCAAAACCACUUAAGAGGGUACAAGGCAAGACUGGUGAUGGCUGUAGCCUGGGGAGGAGCCAUAGGGCCGGACAGAGCGAGGCCUGGAGGGUCACAAUUGGGCCUUUGGCCUCUGGAUCUCCAUCCUUUAAGGCCCCCUUCAAGUCCACGAUGGUUUAACAAUAAUCUGAAAGAGGUCGAUGGAUACGCCAAUCACAUCCUUAGUGCAAGUGCUGAGUUCUCAGAAUUUGGCAGAUCUGAACCAUCCAGCCAGGGCUACUCAAUCAGAAACAUGAGAGGAGACUAAAGUAGUCGUUGAAGGACUGUAAAAUAGCUAUGACCCUAAGCAGGAGGAACAAAUAGGACUGACUUUCCAGAAAGGAGGGUGGCUUGGCCAUAAAUAACUACCUUCAUGAGGGGUCCAGGUGGUUGCACCAUUAGCAAUGCAGCAACUUUGGUGUAAUCUUUUUCUUAUUAAAAAACAACAACACAAAAAACUGAACAGAGUGUUGAACUUAGACCAGAGUUCAUAAUCCCUGUCUGUUGAGAAAGAAACUUUCUGGGUAAUCCUAGGCCAAUGUAGCUUAAUUUUCAUCUUAUUCUGAGGAUAAAAUGGGGAAAAUUGCUGUACCAACCUGAAGACCUUAGGGAAAGUGUAAUUUAAUUUAAUUUUUUAUUUAAUUAUGUCUUACAUUUGUAUUCCACCUCCCACCCCCACCCCAAGGAACUCAAGAAGGCAUGCAUGGUCCACUUUCCUCUCCAUUUUGUCCUCACAACAAUCCUGUGAGGUAGGUUAGAUGGAGAGAGUUCAACUGCCCCAAGGUCACUGAGUGGAGAUUUGAAGCCUAGCCUCCUAGGUCCUGGUCCAACACUGUAACCACUACACCAGAUUGCCUCUACACUAUGCUGACUUGGAGGAAGCGCUGAGAUACCAAUGCUGAAAGAUUUUAUGACAUUCGCAUAUUGUUUUGCAAAUUAGGGAUUGGUCAAUACUAGUCCUACUCAGAGUGCACCCUCUGAAAAUGAUGGAAACAAUACACUUAGAUCCUUUAAUUUCAGUGGUUCAACUCCCGAGUAGGACUGAAUGGGAUACAGCCUUUAAAUGCAAACUGAAUUUAAUUCAUCCCGCAUCCCAAAUCAUGUCUUUAAAUCCCCACAGCAUAGCUGGAAAUACUCUGGGGGAGGGUAAAGUGACCUGCCAUGGUUCUAGUGACAAGUGUCCCAGGUGUCUGCAGGGGCAAAUGAGUAUUUUGGUGCUCCCUCCAUAAAAGCUGUAUUUGUUUUUGGUAAGAUUUUCACUGCUGCAUCUCAUGAGUUCAGCCCUUUUCUCCCCAUCUCUCCAAUUUCCUCCUUAGUCACUUCUGUUUUCUGUUCCUUUUGGCUAACCCUGGGGACUCGCUCACUUUCAGCCUCACUGGAAUGCCUCCCCCGCCCCCCCCGCGACCAUGCCAAAAGGAGGGGCCAAGUGAGAACUUCUUCACCUGCCUUUCUUUUUAAAGAUGACUGAUUCUGAAGGGUGCUUGUUUGCCACAGGAAAACUCCCAAGGAAUGUGACUGGUCCCUUGUGACAACAUCAAAAACCAGUUUCUUGCUUGCUUGGAACACUGAGUGGGUAACGGGGUUGUGCUCCCUCCAGGGUGGAAAAGCUGAGCUUCUGUGGCUGGGGUGCUUAAGAACAAAAAUAUCUGUUUAAUGAACCCUGUUAGACUCCAACCUCUCAUUUAUAGAAAUGAGGCCAAGCUGAGAAUCCCUCUCUGCUGACAUCUUUCUCCCCUCUCUAGCUGAUUCAGAAUGAGCCCAUCACUUCCCUCUUGUUCCUGAGCUAUUUCUCACCUGAUUUCAUGCACUGACCUUAUUUCCUAGGACCUGCCCUUCAUAAACCACUGCCAUUAUAUUUUCUGUCUUUGGAGAGGCCUGUUUAACAAAGAUUUUUUUUUUUUUUUUAAAUUAGUAUGAAUUGUUAGUUUCCAUCAUACCACAGGGUACACCUUCCUGUCCUGGAGGAGAAAGCUGAUGGUGGCUGCUAGCCAUGAUGGCUCUGCUCUGCCUUCGCAGUCAGAGGCAGGAGUGCUUCUGAAUACCAGUUGCUGGAAAACACAGAAGCAGAAAGUGUGUUGUGCUUAGGUUCUGUCUGCAGGUUUCCCACAAGCACCUUGUUGGCCAGCGUGAGAAAAGGAUUCUGGACUAGAUGGGCGAGUGGCCUGAUCCAGCAGGCUCUUCUAGUGAUGUCUUUCAUUAUUUAAUCCAGACUAAACAGUCCUAAAGGGACUGGCGCUGUGGUCUAAACCACAGAGUUUAGGGCUUGCCAAUCAGAAGGUCUGCAGUUCGAAUCCCCGUGACGGGGUGAUCUCCCAUUUCUCGGUCCCCACUCCUGCCAACCUAGCAGUUCGAAAGCACGUCAAAGUGCAAGUAGAUAAAUAGGUACCGCUCUGGCAGGAAGGUAAAUGGCGUUUCUGUGCGCUGCUCUGGUUUUGCCAGAAGCGGCUUAGUCAUGCUGGCCACAUGGCCUGGAAGCUGCAUGCCGGCUCCCUCGGCCAAUAAAGUGAGAUGAGCGCCGCAACCCCAGAGUCAUCCGUGACUGGACCUAAUUGUCAGGGGUCCCUUUACCUUUAACUUUAAACGGUCCUAAACGUGUGCACCUUUUGUUGUUGUUGCAUGUUUUAAAUUGCUUUUGCUGUUCUUAUUUUCAAUCAGCUUGAGAUGAUUGCGUAACGGAAAUUACGGUAAUAAAUUGAUUGUGGUGGUGAUGAUGAAAAUGUUGUGCAAGAAAAUGAAAACAUCUUUACCUGGAUCCAAAAGGACUAGCAGCAGUUCUCAACCUGUGGGUCCCCAGAUGUUGUUGGACCACAACUCCCAUCAUACCUGAGCUCUGGCCUUGCUGGCUAGGGGUGAUGGGAGUUGUAGUUCAGCAACAUCUGGGGACCCACAGGUUGAGAAAGGCUGGACUACAGGCUUGUGAAAGGGAGUCUCUGUAGGGAGAGCAUUCCAUAACUGAAAUGCCAACACCAAAAAGAACCCCCCGCUGGAAACCACUAGCCAUACCUCCCUUGGCUGGGGGCACCUGGAAAAGGGUCGCCAAAGAGGAUUGCAAGGUCUGGGUAGGGACAUGUGGGAAGAGGGGAUCUUUCAAGUGUUUGGAAGGCCCAAAGGGCCUUUAAAAAGGCAAAGCCAGUCAGCCUCAAAGAUGGACUGGAAGGAACUGCAGAUGAUGACACAAAUCUGAUGGCAUAAAUAUGAUGAAAGCACCCACAGUCCUAGCAAACAACCUCAUAGCCCUAUUUUGGAGAGUGGUGGCUGGCUCCCCUUGGGACUAGCAGGGCUGAAGGCAGAGAGCCCAACCGCAGGUGGUGCUAGAGCCAAUGAGAGGUGAAGCCAACUCCAUCUAAUUUUGUCCUCUUUCCUGCUGAGCUCUGCAAGGGGCAACACUAAGACAAAGGAGCUGACAGCAAGUUGCCACCUCUUGGACCAGUUGUAAGGAAGGAGGCAGGCAGGGAGCUGAGGACAGACUCAGGCUGGUGGAGCAGUUCCCCAUUUGUUCCUCAUCUGGGCCUAAUGGCCCAAGCCUCCACUGCUGCUCCCCCCUCAAACUACUUCACUUCCUUAAAGGUAAAGGGACCCCUGACCAUUAGGUCCAGUCGCGGACGACUCUGGGGUAGCAGCGCUCACCUCGCUUUAUUGGCCGAGGGAGCCGGCGUACAGCUUCCUGGUCAUGUGGCCAGCAUGACUAAGCCACUUCUGGCAAACCAGAGCAGCACACGGAAACCCCGUUUACCUUCCCGCCAGAGCAGUACCUAUUUAUCUACUUGCACUAUGACAUGCUUUCGAACUGCUAGGUUGGCAGGAGCAGGGACCGAGCAACGGGAGCUCACCCCGUCGCAGGGAUUCGAACCGCCAACCUUCUGAUUGGCAAGCCCUAGGCUCUGUGGUUUAACCCACAGCAGUGGCGUAGCGUGGGGGGUGCAGGGGGGGCCGGCCGCACCGGGCGCAACAUCUGGGGGUUAGGGUUAGGGGGCGCAAAUCCACGGGUUAGGGGGCACAAAUCCACGGGUUAGGGGGCGCACGGGUUAGGGGGUGCUGACAACCCACGCUACGUCACUGACCCACAGCGUCACCUACGUCACUUCACUUCCUUAGAAACAUGUCAAAUCAGUCCUGCUGCUUUUGGAGGCCCUCCUCCUCCUGAGCUGAGUCCUAGAUUUCUGCUCCCAAAUCCUGCCCCAAUGGUGCCAGAUCUUCUCAAGUGGCUUUAAAAUGGAAAAUCUCAAGAGAAGGGAGCAGAUGUUUUUUCUGUCCAGCACACAUGCAUGCAAACAUAUGCAUAGAGAUGUCAAGGCAGCAGGUGAGAAAUAAUAUAUGGACCCUUUCCCUUUCCCUCGUUGCAACAGAGUUUUGCCAGCAGCAUCCAUCUCAUCAGUGGAAUGAAUGUUUUUUCAAAACAGGCCGUCCUUGGCCUCCCCUGCGCCUCUUUAGCCACCCACGUGAUUACUGCUUCCUCUGAUUGAUAGCUUUGACAACCUAUUUACUAUGUGAUAUUUCUCGCUAAAGGCAAACUCAGUGCCUCUGGCUCAUUUUGCAAGUGUUGCCAGGAAGGGAGGGCUGGAAUCCCACAGCUAAAUAUAUGCUUAAUUGAGUGGGCAGGGGGGUGCCAGUAAUGCGUCAUGCCGUAUUUGCAGCCUGCGGUUGGCUUCAGCAGGCUGCCUGUCUCCCAAAAGAGAUUGCUUUACUGCAAGGCUAGCUCAGGGUCCAAUGAUGUAAGACAGAAGGAUAGCUGGGUUAAAAAAAAUUGUUGCUAUCUCUGGUUGCUAAGUCAGGUUCUUGGCUAUAUGGAGGCACUUGCUUAGCCUUAGCAUUGCAUUGGAACGUCCUUACAUGGCAUGGGUGAGUGGUCUUCAUCUGGAUGAGCGAGACUCAGCCCCACCAAGCACACUUUGCCCAUAGCCAGCCCACCUCCUUACUUAUAGCCAGUCCAGUGGGCUACAGUGGUACCUUGGGUUAAGUACUUAAUUCGUUCCGGAGGUCCAUUCAUAACCUGAAGCACCACUUUAGCUAAUGGGGCCUCCCGCUGCCACCGCCACCGCACGAUUUCUGUUCUCAUCCUGAAGCAAAGUUCUUAACCCGAGGUAAUAUUUCUGGGUUAGCGGAGUCUGUAACCUGAAGCGUAUGUAACCCAAGGUACAACUGUAUUGCCCUUCUUCCUCUUUUAGCUUCAGUGUUUCUUUUGUAGAACUCCUAUGGAAACUGUUAUGUACGGUGGAACCUCCACUCACAUAUGAAAUCCGUUCCAAAGGUCUGUUUGUGAGUCGAUCUGGGUCGCUGGUAGAAGCACUAUUCUGCGCGUGUGCAUUUGGCGGCAGUGCUAUUCUGCUCAUGUGCAGACGGCAGAAGCUGCUUCUGCACAUGCGUGAAUCACGGCAAACCUAGUAUUUACUUCCAGGUUUGUCACAGUCGCAAGUCGAAUUGUUCACGAGUAGGGGCGAUGGUAAGUCGAGGUUCUACUGUACUAAGCUUGGAUCCUAGAACAAUAGGCAGGUAGGAUUCUGGAAGGCAGCAACCUGAUUGGUCUGCAGGAGCAGCCCAAUCAGGCUUCAAGAGGAAGUGAAUCAGCAACUGGAUUGGCCUGCAGGAACAGUCCAAUCAGGCUCCAGGACGGAAGUUGAAUCAGCCAAUCACACGGGACCCAUUGUGUACAUAAUGUAUAUAUAGCCAGAGGUUUUAGGGAAAAGCACUCACUGUUUACCAUGAGCCGAAAUAAAGAGCAUGAAAUCAACACUCAACUCUGAGUAUAUUUUGGCUGGUUCUGUCUCUCAUUGGCUGUGGUUGUCAUUAGCUCCACCUUCUGUGGGCAUCCCUGCCUUCUGCCCUCCUGCUCCCAGUGGGCCUUCAUGGUCUGCCUUAGCAGCUUCUAACUCUGUUCCAAACCAUAUAUUCCUAGCAAAUACUUUCAAAGACUCAAAUCUUUGUUUAGAAAAUGCCUUUGAGGGUCUUAAACCCCUAGAAUAUCCAUGCAGAAAAUAAAGGAAGGAGGAUUUGGGAUCCCAGAUUUAGAACUAUAUCAUCAUGCCUAUUUACUGUCAAGUACACAGUUCUGGAGAUCUGCAACCGAUAAUAACUGUCCAAAUUAGGCAUCCCUGGAAUACUCUUACGUAGCACCUCUGCAAAGAUGUGUAGCACUCGGUUCUAAAUACAUCAAUACUUGAGAUGCCAUUGAAAGAAUUUGAUCAGUUUGAACGAUACAGCACCACGUAUGUCUUCACGAGUACAGUUUCUUGUUUCUUCUUUUUUUUGUGUCUUAUCUUAUCUCUGUGCACUUGCAAUUUUGUACUUUUUGUUUUUCAAUAAAGAAUGUAAACUAAAGAACAACAACACUGCAACUCUGUUUCAUCUUCCUUCUUGUGCUGCUGAAGGUACGAUCCUGAAAUCAACGAGUGGAGGAAGGAUGUGGCGCCGCUUCGUGAACCCAAGCAGGAUGCGGCCGUGGCUGAGCUAGGAGGCUACUUGUACUGUGUCGGUGGCUACGAUGGGCUCCUAUGUGUCAAUACCACUGAGAGGUAAGCUGCAUCCAAUGGAUGCCCUUUGGGUGUGAUGAUGGCAAGAUGAUGAUUGUUCUUGUACAUUUGUUCAUUUAUUUGGUUUUCGUUAAAAAGAUAAACCAGUGUCCACCCUGCCUUUCGAAUAGAGAUUUUCCAGUGGGACUUAUACUGAAUCAGUCCUAAAAAGAAACGAUUAAUUAAAUGGAACACUAUGAACUUUUGAUACCAAUAAUUAUUUAAUGGUCCCUUUUCUUUAUUGAUUAAUUUCAUAUAAUCAGUUUGGUGAUCUAUAUAGCUGCAUGUACGUUUAGUAAGUACCGGUAUGUAUUUAACACCAUUAAAAAACCCCACAAUCUUCAUAUUAUAAAGGAGCUUUAGUGCACUAGAAACUUUUAAACGCUCCUCUGUUGUCUAGAAAUGCGCCAUUACUGUUAUUUUGUUAUGAUGUGGUGGUUGUUAAUUAUUUCUUAAUUCACCAUAGAGCUCCAGAUAAGGUUACAACAGUGUAAAAAUACAAUAUUAAAAUUAGUUCAAGUGUGUAAUCAGAAGAAUAGGGUGGGUACACACACACACACACACACACACACACACACACACACAAUAUCAAAGAAGCCUUUGUCAUCUUCAGCAUAUGACAAAAGCUAUACAACGAAGAUGCCAGAUGCACCACUGUGUGUAAGGAAUCCCACAGAUUUGGGGCUGCUACAGGAAGUUUCCAGACUCUCAAAUUUUACUUCUGUGGACCUUUGUUAAUACUCAGUAACCUUUGACAUAUUAUAUGCAACUCAUAUAACUGUGCUUCCCAAUUAACAACAUGAAUGUUGGACCAUCUCAAGUAUUUGGCAUAACCAAGUCUAGUGGCAACAGUCAUCUAUAAUAUUAACUCUCUUAAAUAUGCAGGUACUUUCUUUGCAUAAGUCAAUACCAAUAAAUUAUAUUCUGUUUGCAUCCAUCUUAUUCUUUCUAUUGCAUCCUUUGUGCCCUUUGACACCCUCCGUCCAGUGAAUUAAACACUGGUUCAAUUGUUUCUAAGCAUUUUCACAAUUGUAUAUUUGUCUCUAGAUAUGAUCCACUACUCAACAGGUGGUGCAAGAUGGCACCUAUGAAUCGUUGCCGGAGGGGCCUAGGCUUGGCAGUACUGGAUGGCUACUUGUAUGCUGUUGGAGGAUCUGAUGGCUACACUACAUUACAUUCAGGUAACAAGAAGCUCUGGUUGUAGACAGGAGUCUAAAGAGGAGAUGCACCCCCCCAAAAAACCCACCCUCCAACUGUUAGGAAAGAUUGCAGCUUGGAUGCAUUAGAUUGGAAUGAUCACUUACAGUUUCUGGAGUUCAAAGGCUUUAUUCAUGCAGAAACAGGUUCAUCUGGGCAAGAACUAUUUACAGGAUGAGUAGAGGUGAAAGAGAGAAAUAGACAUCUUGUCUCAACAUGUUGGGAGAGAGAAAAAACCAACUGGAUCAGCUUUUAGGGGCAGAAUUCACUUAGACAGAGACAAUGCAACCAAGUGCUGGAUAGAUUGAUAGACAAACAGUGCCCUCAUGUGGUUUAAAGUAACACAUACAUUAACAUGAAGCUCAGUGAGAAGGAAUUGUAUUUGGUUUUUCUCCAGCAUGAAUCAGCAAGUGUAAACUAGAUCUCUGUGGCUGUUGCUACUGGUUGCAUACAAAUUGGCAAAUAUGCCAACUUUGGUUUCUCUCAGGUUCUCAUUUCUCCAGUCUUAAUUCAGUUCUCUGCAUUUCCAUGUGAGUGUGUGAUUUUUAUUUUUAAAGAUGAAAAUUCAUCAGCAUUUUAAGUUUGAGUUUCUCCGCAUGUACACAUUUUUGUGUGUGUGAUUUUGCCUAAUAUACACAUUCUUGCAAAGUGGUUUCUCCAAACACACUUUUUGUAUGUUAUUGUCAUAAAAAUAUGCAUCCUUUUAAAGCACACUUUGUACCACCAUAAGCAUUUUUGUACACCACUGCUUGGCUGGAGAAUGGCAUUGCAAAAUCCAAAGAAGUGCAAAUUUCAAAGGAGAGCUGUGUUUGCCUAUUGUUUCAGAAAGUGUGGAUUAGAUAGGUUUGCCUUCAAAUGUAAGCUGAGUCUAAUUUCUCUCUCAUCCCUAACUGGCCCCCAGUGCUGAAGUCAGUGGUGAUAUCCAGUCCUGAGAGAGCACCACAUGCACACUGGAGCAAAUGUGAAGCUUUGAAUAUUUACACUAGAGCUUUCCAAACUGGGUGUCAUGACACGUUAGUGUGUCAGCUGUAGUGUGUAGGUGUGCCGUGCAAACGCUCCCUGCUCUCCUCCCGGAAAGGGGUUAGUUUAACCUCCGGUUUGCUAGUAAUAGUGAAUUACUGUAUUGCAAAAUGAUGCAUGUCUAAACAGUGUGCCACCAACAUGAGAAGGUUUGGAAAGCUCUGAUCUAGACUGUGGCUGCAUUCACAUGGUAGUUUUUUUCUGUUUCCCUGACGUUUCCCUAGCUAUUAAUUUUCACAUUAUUUUGGGGGGUAUAAAAGCCACUUCCAGAAAUCUAGCGGAACUUAGUGGAAGCGCGCCCCCCCCCCCCUUGCAUCUUCCUUAACCUGGAAAAUUUUUGGGAGUGAAGUGACAACAGUUAUUUCCUGUUGUUUUUAUGGGAGAACAGAAGCACACAUGUGGACAGGGAAUGCUGUUUAGCAUUGCUGUUUAGUGAUGUUUGUUGUUGUGUCACACCAUGCCCAGUGACAGAACUUCAUACUCUGGCACUGGGGGAGGUGGCGGACAGCAGGCGGGGGCGCACGUCCUGGGGGCAUGGAACGCCACCUGCAGGGGGCGUGGUGUGCCACCUGCGGGGGCGUGGCACCCAGCAGAGGCAGGGGGGCAGCCGCAACGGCAUCCCACUGGGAUUGCACUGCCAGGGGUGGUAUGCUGCCCCCUCACUCCUCUUCCUAUGCCAGUGACCAUGCCCACAAGUGUGAAUGAUAUUUAGUAUGGCAUGCCGGCACACCAGUCAAAAAGCCACACUUACAUUACACCACAGGUACUGGGCUGCCAAAGGAGCAUGAGAAAACAGGGAAACUAAUGCAAUAGUUCCCAUUCCUGAAUGCACCCUGUGUCUCAAUUUUAUUGCCUCCUCCAGUGGAGCGCUACAAUCCCCUGGAAGACAGAUGGACUCCCUGCCCUCCCCUGAAGACCUGUCGAGAGAACCUGGGUUGCGUUACCUUUCAAGGCAAGAUCUAUGUGGUUGGCGGGAGAGAUGACCUCACUGAGCUGUGCAGUGUUGAGCGGUUUGAUCCUCUUGCCAAUGAAUGGUCUGCUGUCACGCCCAUGAAGUCAAGAAGGAGCAAGGUAUCAGUGCUGUGGGAACUCAUCACAGCAACGUCUAAACUUAUUUCAAUGCGUUCCGAACUUGUAGGAGUAACUCUCCAGCAGACCAUAGCGAUCUACUGGGUGCAUAAGGGAUGGAGCUGUUUACUCCCAAAUGAGUGUGUUUAGGAUAGUGGCCUAAACCUUCAAUCGAUUUAGGCUGCCAUCCCAGUGUUCACCUACCUGUAAGCAAGUCCCACUGAACUCAAUAGAUAUGUAUAGGAUUUAUAUUUAUAUUGUAGAUAGGUAUAGGAUCAGACUGUUGCUUGAAACGAUACUUGCAGCUCUGCUUUAUUUAUUUUUUAUCUGUCUUCUUGGUUUCAUGACUAGAUCAACCCAUGACAGAAUGUUAGGAAGAUGGGCACACUCCUCAGAGUCAGACCCUUGGGUCUAUUUGGCUCAAUAUUGUCUGCAAUGACUGGCAGGGGCCCUUCAGGAUUUCAGACAGGGGUCCUUCUCAGCCCUGUAUGGAGAUGCUGGGGACUGCACCUGUUGCUCUACCACUGAGCUGUGGCCCUUCCCCUUAAAAUGACAGGAUUCUGCCUUAUACCAAGUGAGGCCGCUGGUCCAUCUCACUGGUCAACAACAAAUUUGUUGUCUGUGUUUUUUCAGAUGAUUUAGGAUGAAUCUGAUGCGCUGAAUCCAAAAAUCACAUUGGUUUUGCUCAGUCAGGUCAAGUUUUUGAGCUAUGGCCACAUGUCAUUUUUUUACGUUUUUGUUCACAUGUACGCUUGUGUGGUGCAUUUUGGAAGAAGUUGGUGGGGAUAAAAUGCCAUGUAGAAUAAUUGUUUUGAUUGGAAAUGAUUAUUUUAAUGACAAGAAGUAUUCAGGUCCCAUAGUUCUGGGUGAUUAUGUUGAAAAGGGAUCAGUUUGAAGUCAUAAAACCUCAAAAUCUUCCAUAAAUUGGUGCGGCAAAGCAUAAAGUUAUUUUGGUAUUAAACUUGGUGACCAGGAUAAAGCUUGGGUGCCACACAUGGUGUGCAAGGCGUGCACCGAGAGUCUACGUGGGUGGACCAAUGGCAAGAGGAGUCUGAACUUUGGAAUUCCCAUGGUUUGGAGGGAGCCGACAAACCAUGUCACUGACUGCUACUUCUGCACUGUUGAUGUGACUGGGAUCAACAGAAAGAACCGGAGCAGCCUCAAGUAUCCUGAUCUUCAAUCAGCACGUCGUCCUGUAGCUCAUUGUGAUGAAAUUCCAGUGCCUAUCUUCGGAGAACUUCCUGACGUUAGUGACGAAGAUGCCUCCAGUGCUGAAGGACAUGAAGAAGAAGAAGUGGUUCUUGAAGAUGAUGCUCCACAUCCAUUUUCCCAAAAGGAGUUGAAUGAUCUAGUUCGUGACCUCAGCUUGUUAAAGGACUCUGCCGAACUGUUGGCAUCCAGAUUGAAGGGAAAGAAACCUCCUCUCUGACAGUGCUCGCAUCAGCUUCUUCCGCAGCAGGCAUCAAGAGUACCUCCGUUUUUUCUCGGAAGAAAAGGACUUGGUGUACUGUGCAGAUAUUGUGCAGCUUCUGCUCAAGCUUGGAGUGCCACAGUACGAACCCAAAGAUUGGAGACUGUUCACUGACAGCAGCAAGCGAUCACUGAAAUGUGUUCUGCUACACAACGGCAACCAGUUUGCCUCUAUACCCCUGGCUCACUCGACUACACUGAAGGAGAACUAUGAAGCGGUGAAGUAUGUGCUGGAGAAAAUUGGUUAUGAUCAGCAUAAGUGGUUUAUUUGUGUUGUCCUGAAGAUGGUGAACUUUUUGUUGGGACAACAGUCUGGCUUCACCAAGUACCCAUGUUUUCUGUGCAUGUGGGAUAGUAGGGACCGUGCUCAGCAUUACACAAAGAAGGAUUGGCCUGUGCGGGAGGAAUUGGUGCCUUGCAAAGAAAGGAACGUCAUCAACGAGCCUCUGGUGGACAGAGACAGAAUACUCUUCCCACCGCUGCACAUCAAGCUCGGCUUAAUCAAGCAGUUCACCAAGGCUCUGGACAAGGAUGGUGACUGCUUCACUUACUUCUGCCAGGCUUUUCCCGGAUUGACCAUGGAGAAGUUGAAAGCUGGCAUCUUUGACAGUCCUCAGAUCCGUCAGCUCAUCAGAGAUACAGAGUUCGGAAACUCAAUGAACGAAGUGGAACUGGAAGCGUGGAAGGCAUUUGUUCUGGUAGUGAAGAACUUUCUUGGCAACAAUAAGGCCAGAAACUACGCAGAACUUGUCAACAACAUGCUGACUGCUUUCAGAAACCUGGGCUGCAACAUGAGCGUCAAGAUGCACUACCUAUUUUCACAUAUGGACCGGUUUCCUUAGAACCUGGGUUCAAUGAGUGACGAUCAGGGGGAGAGAUUCCACCAGGACAUGAAAGAGAUGGAGACCAGGUAUCAGGGUCACUGGGAUGCAGUCAUGAUGGCUGACUACUGUUGGACUCUGAAGAGAGACCUCCCUGCCGCUGAGCAUUCCAGGAGUUCCAAGAAAUGGAAGUUCAAGCCCUGAAGUUUGAAAAAUGGUGAAGCAACAUGCAAUUUACGUGUACUUACCUUUAUCAAUGCCCACCAUUCAGUUUACAGUAAUCAAUGUUUCUAUCACGUAAUCAAUAUAUGUUGUUGGAAAAACAUUUUUUUCUCUUAAAAACAUAUAUAGGAUGAUAUGUGUUGACAAAAAUCAGCUGAUAAUGCCACAAAAAUGUAAUCGAUUUUGUCACAAGAUCUGAUUUUUUUCAAAUCAACAUAGCACAAAAACCUGACCUGAUGGAGAGAAACGGAUGCCAUUUCCUGAUUCAGCAGUGCAAAAAUACCCUAAAUCAAUUGUAGAAAUCUAGACAACAUUCAAAAAGUAAAAAAUUGUUGCCCAGUGUAGGCAUUGUCUACCCCAUGGGUUUCAUCUGGCGCCUUUGUUAUGCACCUUUAGGCACCAGGCAAAAACGUUCCUUUUUAAACCAGGCCUUUGGCUGAUUGACACCCUUUUAAAAUGUGUUGAAAGGGGGUUAUUGAGUUGUUUUUAUUUUGAUUACGUGUUUUGUGUUUUUAUAUUGUGAUUUUAUCUUGUGAACCACCUGUGGGUAUAGGGUGGUAUUCAAAUAAAUAGUAAUAGUAAUAGUGGGACACAGGUGGCGCUGUGGGUCAGACCACCGAGCCUAGGACUUGCCAAUCAGAAGGUUGGCAGUUCGAAUCCCCGUGACGGGGUGAGCUCCUGUUGCUUGGUCCCUGCUCCUGCCAACCUAGCAGUUCAAAAGCACGUCAAAGUGCAAGUAGAUAAAUAGGUACCGCUCUGGUGGGAAGGUAAACGGCAUUUCCGUGCACUGCUCUGGUUUGCCAGAAGCAGCUUAGUCAUGCUGGUCACAUGACCCGGAAGCUGUACGCUUCCUCAGCCAAUAAAGCGAGAUGAGCACCACAACCCCACGAAUGGACCUAAUGGUCAGGGGUCUCUUUACCUUUAAUAGUAAUAGUAAUAGUAAUAAUACCCUGACUAUGUAAACAACGGCUUACUAGAGUUCUACACAGGAGUCUUUCUUCAACCCUGUCUGGAGAUGCCACAUGUUGAACCUGGAACGUUCUGCACACAAAGCAGUUGUUCCACCACUCAGCUGCAGACCUUCCACAGUCAUUGCAUGAAAAUUUAUGUGUGUGGUGGCAAAACUGAGAAUUCUCUAUUUACUUUUAACAAUGAAGGUGAGCCUGGUUCCUGCCAAUGGUUACCUCUUAGCCAUUGGGGGUUAUGACGGCACUGUCCACGUAACCACUGUGGAAGCAUUUGACGUGGAGCUAAAUGGAUGGAGGUAAGCUACCAUCCCCUUUCAGUGAGGCUGCUCUUAUGGGAGUUUCCUGGCCCAGCAACACAACUCUUGAGACCUUGCAUGGCCCCCCCUUGAGGAUGCGGGUGGGGAGAGGAGCCCCCCAAGUUCUUAGCCAGGGCGGUCCAACCUCUCAGUCCAAUGAUGGACUACAUGGAAUUGGCAGAAAUGACUGGCAGAAUCCGUGACCAGGGAGAAGAGUCGGUGGAAGAAGAUUGGAAGAAAUUCAAAGACUAUUUACAGAAAUAUUGCAAAAUUAAUGAAUGUUAGAAUGAUGUUGGAUUGAAGUUAAGUGGUUUCUAGCUGUACAGGCACAAAAGAAUAUGGAAAAAUUGGUUUUUAAUAUGUAAAAUGUAAAAUUUAAAGUUAUAUUACAUCAAGAUUAAAGAUUAGGAUUAAAAAGGAGGGAAAGGAAUUGUUGGAUUAACAUAUUUAACUGGAAUACAGAAGAGGGAGGUAAGAGGAGGUCCGGGAAACAAGUAAACGUAAAAGAAGUGAGGAAAAGAUGAAAUUGUUUUUAAUUUUUUUUUCUUUUUACUUUGUAUUUUUUCUUUUCAUUGUCAACUUUUUCUUUAUUAAUGUGGUUUCUUUCUUUUUUUUUCUGUGAAACUUUAAUAAAUAUUAUCUAAAAAAACCAACAACCUCUCAGUCCAAGUGGGCUGCAAGAGUACUUCGACACAGAGCCCGGGGGCCACACACAGAAUUACAUUUCCCAUAUUGCAAAUAUGCAGUGUAGUUAAUAUUAUUUAAUAUACGCAAGUAAAUGAUAUUAUUUAUUAUUAAUUAAAUAAUAUUUAAUAUGCACAAUAUAUUUAACUGAACACACACACAUGUACACACUUAAUAGAUUUAAUAUAUUUAUUUAUGCACGAACAGAGGUAUGCACUUUCGUUAACAACACAGACAUCGAGUCCCUGUCAGGAUAAAAAGGCACGGUAUAGUAUUAGUAGUAAUAAUAAUAAUAAAUUUUAAUAACAAAUUUUAUUUAUAGCCCGCCCUCCCGAGCCAGAGCCAGGCUCAGGGUGGCUAACAACAGUCAAAUUACAGUAAAAACGUAACAGGAGGGAAAGGGAAAAAAAACCAAUUUAAAAUACAGGUUAAAAUGCAAUUUAAAAUGCAGCCUCAUCAAGACCAUAAGGGGAGGGCAACAUAAGGGUCAGACUGAGUCCGAACUGAAGGCCAGGCGGAACAGCUCUGUCUUGCAGGCCCUGCAAAAAGAUGUCAGGUCCCACAGUAGUAAUUUAUUUUAUAAGGCUUGUAGUCAAAAGGAUUUGAGCCUCUUAUGGAGCCCGUAAAUAAAUACAGCCCAUGAAAAAGGAGGAGGCGGAGGCGUGCAGGGUGGGUGGGGGUCAUCCUCCUCACCUCAGAGUGGAAGACUGAAUCUGUUCCAGAUUCCAGAGUCUGGAGGGAGGGCUACCUUUGGCUGCUACUGGGGGCCUGUUAUUUUGACUUUUAUGCACAAUUUCCUUUAGUUGCUGCUAGUUUAUUACCAGGCUUAAGCUGUAAUUUCUCUCAAUCUUGUGAGGCAGCCUCUGAUUUCCCAAAGGCCAGGAACGUGCAAUACAAGCAGAACGAGUAACGAAACGGGGUCUUCUUAUGACACACGUAUUAAGGCAGACGCUUCCACCAACUCCUCAGUAUUAUUAUUAUUAAUACAGUAACUUGCGUCGCUAACUGUCUGCUUGCAUGGGGAGGGAGGAACAAGUUUUUGGAAGAAAGGAAGCCGCCUCCCCCCGCCCCAAUGGCUUCCUCGAUCAAUGCUGUGCCUUCAGAAGCAGGAGUGAAGAAACUUGCAGAGCCCACCUUGCAUCAGGAAGGCCCCCAGACCCCAGCCUGGCCUUGGGAGGUAGGAGGUGGGAGCCACCUGGUGUGGUGAUGGGUGAGGGGGGGAAUAUCCCCCCACCCCCCAUGGCACAUGACCUUGGAGGGCCUGGCUCACCUCAAGUGUUUUUGCCGGGCCGAAACGUAUUCUUGAACUCUUGCUCACCUGGAAUGAGGAUAGCAAGGGAUCUGUGAGGAAGUGUGGAAACUGGCCUGCUACACAAAGGUGGCAUUUACAUUAGUUGCUCCACCACUUUUGCCUGAGGCCUCACCUAUGUGGCCCCUGGCAUGUCACGAAGACUGGAAUAUGGCCCUCAGGUAGAAAAAUGUUCCCCACCCCUUGCCUUUGCAUCAACAGUAUACGCUCCAUUAACAGCCUCUCUCUUCUCUUGCAGACGUUUUGGAAACACGCAAACCUGCCAUCCAGGUGGAGGUGUCACUGUGAUCAAAACGGCUCCUGAUUAUCUGGAACUUUCUGAGUCGCCUUGGAGCAGAUAAAAAAACAACACACACAGCAGCAGCAAAUUCUGGACUUCCUUGUUUGGUGUUUAGUAUACAAAUGACGCACGAUGCGUUACUAAACUACAUGCUUGACUUCUUCCUGCUCUUCCCCCUCUUUUGAUUGUGUCACCUGUGUCAAAUUUUAGAUUGUAAGCUUCUUGGGGCAGGGACCCCUUGCUAGGCUGCAAAAUGCCCAUGCCCAUUGGUGACCCAUAUAUCAAUAAUAAGCAGGAGACAAUGACACGGUGCUGAUGUUUUAAGUGUUAGUUCUGUGUAUCCCAGAAUAUAUUUAGUUUGUUCUUUUCCUGAAAGUAACUGAAGCUUUGCAGGAAGUGGACUAGAUGCCUUGGAAGUACCUUCAAACUCUACAAUCCUAUGCUUCAAUUGCUUAAUUUGUAGAGGUGCUACAUAGUUGUUAGGAGCUUGUCCUACACUCGAGUAGGACCCUGGCAGAGACACAUGCCCGACUGGCAUGUUCCCUCCCUCCUGGUCAAUCAUUCGGGAGCUUCAAAAGCUUUCUUCUGCCCAAACAUCACAGCGACCAAUGCCAACAGACACCGGCACACUUAGGGAUCCACAGAGUCUUUGCAGCUUGUGUAACAGACCUCAGCAACUCAGCAUUUUGGCUAAUCUGCUUUAUUUACAUAUAAACACACACGGAGCACUGCAACGUGGCUCCCUCUCUCUCUAGCAUCAGGCAGCAAACAGAAUGAACAAAGGACAAUAGUCCCACUUCAUGGAACACAGAAACACAAACAUCCUGUCUCCGUCACUUCCCACUUUGUGGAGUCAAAACAUAUACUGUCAUGUGAUGGACAAAAACCCCAUGACUGCAACCAUGGAGCAGGAAUUCUAACAGUUUACUGGAGGAGGAAGACUCAUCUUUUUCCGUCCGACAAUUCUUUAUUGAAUGCCUCUCGUCUGCCCUAAACCACAAAAUGAACAAACACGCUCACUUCCAGGCCCACUGAAUACGCCUCCUGAGUUUAUCUUCAGAAAGGCAUGGGAGACAGACUUAAUAUAAGGCACUGGUCACUAACAUGGUCUCAUGGGCAUGCACAGAAGUCUUCCAUGGUGCCCACAGGGUCCCCUCUCCCACCCAUCUUCCAGAUGCAAGUAGUUCCUUACCAGGGAUAUAGGAAGCUACCUUACAUUGAGUAAGAGGAUUGGUCCAGCUAUCCCAGUACUGUCUACACUGACUGUCAGCAGCUCUCCAGCAUUUCAGGCAAGAGUGUACCUAGAUAUGCUGAGAACUGAACCUGGCAUCUUUUCUGCUGUGUCACUGAGCUCUUGUCCUUCUCUAACACCUAAUGUUAAGAUUCCAGCCUUCAUGGUUCUGAACAAAGGGUUGAAUUAAGUAGGAACAUGGGAAGGUGUCUUACAGCGAGUCAGAUGACAUGCUUCAGUAUUGACUACACUGACUUGCAUUAGCUCUACAGGGGUUUUGGGCAGGGGAUAUUCCUUGCCCUACCUGGAGAUGCUGGGGAUUGAACGUGAGACCUUCUGCAUGCAAAGCAGAUGUCCUCCCGCUGAGCUAGAGCCCUCCCCUUAGCCCAUAGAAUAAGUGGUCCAUGCGCUUGUGUGGUGCCCAGAGAUUCCAAAAAGUCGGCAACUUUUAAUGUAAAUACAAGCUACAUUAGGGGAGGCAGGUAUUUCUUAUAACUUUCCUAUGCUGCAAGAGAGAAAUUGCCCAGCAGCAAAUUUAUGAGUGCUGUUGGAAGCUAGGCGCAAAUGAACAGGUAUUAUUGCUAGUUCCCAAGUGGCGAGGCUCUGCUGUUUGGCUAAACAUAAUAAACAAAUUUUUAUUAAAGGGUGGAAUUAGAAGCUGGUCUCAUGCUCACCACUCAUUAGAGGGCACUGCUGCAUUAGUAGAUUCACCCAAAUUCGCCUUCGUGGUUACACUCUGAAUUCCUAUUGCCUUUUAAGCAGGGUUCUAUUCUGUUUUGAUUUGCUUUUAGGGAGGGGGUUAUGAUGGAAGGGAUAUUUCAAAAUGUGGCCGUGGAGUUGCUAGUCUUUAUCCCAAUCAUCAAAACCACCCCUGUCUAUUAUUCUGUUUAACGCAAAGCAGAGCAGGUUGCAAUCUCUGCUGCUGUGACCUUAGGCCCCGAGGCUUAAGGAGAUCAGUAUACGGUGCUCUUCAAGGACGUUAAUACUGCUGUUUUUAUUUUCUUUUAGUGUGGUGUAUGUAAAGCGAAUCUUCCCGUCCUGCUAUGCUGUUUCCCCUUGAGUGUCUUUCGACAUCUUGAAAGUUUAAACCAGGGGUCAGCAAACUUACCGCACCUCAGGCCAGUGUCUCCAGUGCCGAUCGCGCGGUGGGCCAGAGGGCGGGGGAGCGCAUGCCCAUACGCUUGCACACACGCUAUUUCCAGCGCACUUCCGGGUCGGAGGAGCACCGGAAAGCUUGUGCGCAUGUGCACGGGCCUCCUCUGACCCGGAUGUGCACCGGAAAUAAUGCAUGUACAUGCGCAAAUAACGCUUGCGCAUGUGCACAAGCUAUUUCCGGUGCUUCUCUGACCCAGAAGUGGGCAGCUGUGCAGCACAGCACAGCACCGGUAAGAGCGGGCAGUGGCGGUUGCCGUGGGCUGGAUAAACGAGUCCCUCAGGCCUUAUCCAGCCCGUGGACCUUAGCUUGGGGAGCCCUGGUUUAAACAUUGCUAGUAUCUAUAUUUAUAGCCAGUGGGGGCUGGUGCCCAUCGGGCAGGUGGCAAAGAAGGCAGGGAUCCCAACAGCAGGUGGCAGCAGAGCUAAUGAUGGGCAGAGCCAACAAAUUCUACUUUUUUCCCCAUCCUCCUCCUCUCUACUGUGUUCUACAAGGGGCAACUCUGAGACUAAGGAGGAGGAAGGAGGCAGCGCCACCCCCUGGACUGGAUCUAAGGAAGAAGGGAGGCAGGUGGGGAGUUCCUGAGGACAGGCUGAAGUUGGUAGGGCAAUGCCCCUAUUUGCUCCCAUGGAUCAGCCUCCACUGCAUGUAUCUAAAUCAAGGGUGCUGAUAUCUCCUUUGAGGCAACCACCAGUGUGGUGUACUGGUUACAGUGCAGACCCUCCAAGUGCCCCUAUUUUCUAGGGACGGUCCCAUGUUUACAAAAGGUGUCUCAGAUUUGAUCUCAGAACGUCCUGCAUUUCCUUAGGAUGUUCCUAUUUUCAUCAGAGAAAUAUUGGAGGGUUGGACUAGGACCUGGGAGACCUGGGUUCAAAUCCCCACAGGGUUGUCGUUGUGAGGCUAAAAUGGGGAGGAGAAGAACAAUGUGUGCCACCUUGAGCUCUUUGGAGGAAAGGUAGAAUGUAAAUGCAAUAAUAAAUAAACAAAUAAAUAAUUACAAUAAUCUGUUGUUUGUUUGUUUUUAAGAUUCCCUUGCUGGUUUUUGCUGUUUUAAAGGAUGUUCUUUAGCUGUUGUGCUUAUGACAAUUUUUAGAUUUCCUUUUUUGUUGCUGUUUUCAUAUAUUUAUAAUGGUUUGGGCUGUUUAUACUCUAGUUUGUUUUUGUACUUUGAAUGGAUUUUGAAAACGCUGCCCAAAAAAGCAAGGCUGUAUAAGCAGUGUAUAAAUGUAGCAGGAAAAUAAGUAAACCCAAGUUC